AUGGUUCUAUUAUUGCUGGCAGCUUAUCAAUACUAUCAACGACAACAACAACAACAAGCGGAAGGAAGAGAGAGUCCCUCUCUGCUGAGCCUGGAACAGUUCAAGGAGACUUUUGGAGACCGAUUGGCGGGCGUGGAGACUAUUGUGCAAAGCACGUAUUCACGCUGUCAAUCUGAGCCCAUUCCCUUAUUCCAGCCAUCUAGUCAAGCAUACGACUAUUACUGUAUAGACGACGACGACAACAACAGUCUCAUUCCCAUGAUGGACACCAGUCAUCAUUCCUCGGCAUCUUCGAGUACGUCAUCCAAACGACGUGUGCGACCACGAGAAGCAUCCAACUUGAGUUCUUCCGAACAUGGAACCGCUGUAUCCACAGCUACCACUGCCAUUGCCAUCAACUCCAAUCUACUACGAUCAACACCACGAACGUUUGUACAAGAUGACAUUCGACAAGCAUAUAUUGACGCCGUCUUUGGACCCGCUUUUUUUGCCACGAGAGCAUACCAACCACCCCGACAAGGCAUGGGAUUGGCACAAAUACCAGAAUAUGUCACUUACACGGCAUCCAUUCCACCACCACCCGUUCCCUUUGGAGGAGCCAAA